AUGACCAAGGCUCCCUUCUCCGUAGAAUGGCUCUCUCAAAGCAGCCGGCCCAGCAGCAGGCACGCCCAGAGCCGGCCAGAAGCCAAGAAGGCCGCCCCAUCCGAAGGCGGCCGGGCCCAGCAGGAGGAUUCUCCGGCCAGGGAGAAGAUCCCGAGUGAGAUCAAGCUGGUGGUCCCCAGUUCCCAGGAGCCGCCUCCGGGGCCACUUCCUUCGCUCCAGAGGAGCAAGACGCCCUUGCCUUCCUCGUCCACAGCUGCUUCCAAAAUGCCGUGGAGCACUACGGAGUGCGGAUCCGACGGCGAAGGAAACUUCUCCGAGUGCCAGACUCCAGACGACGGUGGAAGCCGAAACGCGAAUACUCGCCGUUUGCGCACCGCUUUCAGCUUGGAACAGAUCAGCACCCUGGAGAGUUCCUUCAAGCGGCACAAAUACUUGGGAGCGGCGGAAAGACGCAAAUUGGCCAGCAAAAUGCAACUCUCUGAAGUGCAGAUCAAGACAUGGUUCCAGAACCGACGGAUGAAGCUGAAACGUCAGCUGCAGGAGAUGAGGCCAGAAUCAUCCUUCCAUGGCUUACCAUUUUAUGGUCACCUCCCUUUUGGACCCCAAAGUGGUCCUUUGUCCUAUGUUUAUUCACCACCUCAACAGACUUUCACCAGGAGGGAUUCUUCUGGCAUUCCUUUCCCUCCAGUGCCCCCUCUCAACCUGGAUCCCAGAAAUACUUCUGGAGGACAGCCAGGUACUAUCUGGCCAAUGCCUAUUCCCUAUUUUGUGGGCUACCAAGACCCAAGAACAGUGUUCAUGACUCUAUGA